AUGAUCGGCCGACGACGAUCUCCUUCACCCCUGCCACCAAACAAGCUCGUAAAGCGGUCGUCAUCGCUUCGGCGCCCUCAUGAAACACCUCUCCCGGGCUCAGGAUCUCUCCGCCCGUCGUUCCGCCGCCCUGCCACGAGUCACCAGCGGUCGGCAACGCUCCAGUACCACAGCCCGCUGCUCGAGAUGACUGCCGAAGACGCAUCAGUCCACGAGUCGGUACGAGCAAGCACAGUCAGCGAGCCCGAGUACACGCAUUUUUUCACAGCAAGAGUUGCAAAGGACCGCCCGUUGUCGAAGGCGCUGGGCUUCCGCACAAUCGUGCCCGACGGCAAGCACACGCCGACGCUGGUUCUUGCUCGAUCCAUUUCGGCUGGUGCAGAAGAGCUGGACAGCGAGGCUGGUGAAAGUGUGUUUUUCGUGAGCAGGCCCGGGACCCCGCUGGACAUGACAACCAUUGUCACCACCAGCACAAACGCCCUCGACGCGGUCCCGCAGCACGCUUCGACGACAGACGUUUCCCAGGAUGCGGCGCGGCCCAGACGCUCCUUCUCCAUCACCGACCUGCUUUCCUCUACCAAAAAACAGGCGACGGCCAAAGCUCGCGGCGGCAGAAUAUCGCGCAGGGCGAGCCAGCGGGUCAGCUCAGCGCCUCCCACGCCCACUAUGAGUCGUCGGCGAAGCAGCUUCUCGUAUUUCGCAGAUGCGCGCCGACGAGUGACGGACCCAACUCUGACUAAACGCAACAUUGCGACCUCCGCGGGGCCCUUGCAAUCUGCCGAAUCCCACACGGCACUCGAAAAUGAACCAUCUGGAGCCUCUUCGUCGCAGCCGUUGCCCGAGGAGUCGGUCCGUAGCGCUGCUCCUGUCUCUGGCCCUGGAGGCGCCUUGGCGUCAAUGCCUCAGCUCGAGGUGACUGCCUCAGCCGCGGCACUCGCCAAUCACAUGCCGCCGUCGCCAACCUUAGCGCAACCGGGGGUUCGUCCGUCGCGUCAUUCCAUGGCGCCCUCUGAACAAGCCUCGACAUUGGUCGGCUCGUCUGAUAAUGAGGUUCGCGGUUUAGGUUCGGGCGACGAGGACGACGCCGAUUUCCAGAGCGAAACCCUUUUCGAUUCGCUACGUACUGGCGCGACCAGGAGCACGUCGGGCGGGCCGCGAGGGCCUCGCAUAGAGACCAUAUUUGAUGAAUCGCCGCCGUCCAAGGUCAAGGUGACAGCCCUACGAGACCUACUGCCUCCUGGCGCUUUUGGCGAGCCCAUCGUCAAUGCUGCCUUUGGCCAGCACAGCAUCGCCGAGGAAGAAGAAAGCAUCUCGACACCUGUCCGGACGCCGCUCUCGCUUGGCACGCUCGAAUGGGACUCGCGCGCAGGGGACGACGAUAGCAGUAGGUGGUCUCAUGAAGAGGAAGAUGCUGAGGACUCUUGGGUUGAUCUACCGACAGUCAGCCACGCCGCUACGCCUGUGUCACUGCAACGCUCUAACCCUCGCCUCCUCGCUACCGGAUCUAGUCCCAAGCCCUCGACACCACUACAUCUCACAGCAGAUCACUGUGAUCGGGAGGCGCGCAGCAGCAUCUUCGAUUGGUCCGAACAGCAGCCCGCCGACAAGAGUUCGGGCAACCGCACCCCUCCUCGCCCUCGAACCGUUCAUGGGAAGAAAGACGCAGAUCGGAGAGGCAGUCGAUCUGUUGGGCGACGAGUUCCUAGCGGGUUGCACGCCCGCAGCCAGAGUGUUCCCGUUGUACCAGAUGCGACAGGUAAACGUAACACGGUUGUUACGAACAAGUUCGGCACCUGGGGGGUAGGCAGUAAGGGUGUCACUGAAGAUUGGAACGACGACUUUGACUUUUCCGAACUGAACGAAGACCCUGCCGCAGAAGAUGCAGAUGAAGCGCCCAGAGUCGACAGUGGUACAGCCAUGGUCGUACCAAAGAGCAUUCAGGAGCAGCAAAACAACGUUCUCGCAAACAUUGGCCUAUUGCGCGAGUGGGGUCUCCUCAUUGAAGAGCUCAAGGAACACAAGGUGCGAGCUGUCGCGCUCGGAAUAAUAGACGGUCCGCAAUCAGGAAUGUGGGAAGAGGUCGAUGCUAUGAUAGAUCUUGCAGACCAAGAGGCGGAUCAUGAAGGAGUUUCUCGCUUGUCGCCUCCAUCUUCACCAGGCUUUGACGAGGAUGCCUUUGAUGAGCUAUCUGGCCCAGGUGCCAGUCCUAGUCUAGGCCGGCGAAAGCGCAAGUCUCCAUCACCCAGCGAUGAUACCGUUCGAACUCCUACCCAGUCAUCACAGCCUCGACGAAAGACGAUCCUUCCCCCCAACUACGGCAUCUUCGGACCCCAAUCCUCCCCAAUCCCGCCGAAAUCCAACUACGAAACGCCGAGAAAAAUCUCGGGGUCCAAGACAAUCAUCACACGGCCGCGCAAGGACUCAGAGGCCAAAGCGCGCUCUGUAAUCGAGGCGUUGCAAAAAAGGAAAAGCGUGUUCGAGCAAGGCGACGGUGCGCCUCCUACUCCUUCCUCAAAGAAGGUUCCGUUCGACACAGCAACCUUGCGACGCAUUGUCCCUUAUGUCAACACGUUGACGCGCAAAGUGAAAGAUGCCAUAAGAGAUGCGGAAGGCUUGUACUCCAGCCCGAACGCUAGUCCGAGACACGAAGAGCCUCCUUUCAGCAACUUGUUCCAACAGGACACAGAUCUCGCAGCACAAAUGCAUCGAAUGACGGUUAUGUAA